GUGAAAAGUUUGGUUAUAAAAAUGGCUGAUCCACUGAGUCUUCUUCGUCAGUAUAAUAUCAACAAAAAGGAGAUUAUCGAGCGCGAAGGACAGAUAAUUUUUGGUGAAUUCUUGUGGCCGAAGCAUGUGAAAACAAAUUACCUUAAAUAUGGUUCUGGCAAGAAAGGGGCCCCCAGGGAGUAUUACACACUCGAGUGCCUUUUGUAUCUGCUCAAGAAUGUGCAGCUUCAGCACUCCGUCUAUGUGCGACAGUGUGCGGCAGAAGACAUUCCGGCUGUCAAUCGUCCGGACAGAAAGGAAUUGCUGGCUUAUCUCAAUGGGGAGACAUCCACAUGUGAGAGCAUUGACAAGAGUGCUCCGUUGGAGAUUCCCACACAGGUAAAAAGAACAAUUGAGCCGGAUGGCAAUGAAUCUCUGGCCAAGAAGGCCCGCUUCGAAGACACUCAAGUGCAGAAGGUAAAGGAACAGCUGGCUGCUCGUCUGGAUGUGAACAAGAAGGAAGCAUCGGUGAAUAUAGAUAAUAUCAAGUCACUGUCGGAAACCAUGUCCGUGGAGAAGAUUGCUGCCAUCAAGGCCAAGCGUCUGGCCAACAAAAGGACCACAAUCAAGAGAAAUGACAAUGACGACACAAUGGGCACUGAUCUGAGGGCUAUUUUGGACUUUGACGUGGACUCCACGAAGGAUAUUAUCAGUCGAGAGCGUCAGUGGAGGACACGCACAACAAUCCUCCAAAGUACCGGAAAAGUCUUUGCCAAGAACAUCCUGGCCAUACUGCAAGGCAUCAAAGCUCGGGAGGAGGGUCGCACGAAACCUCCAGCUCCUGCCGUUCGAAUGCCCGAGCCACCGCGAAUGGCCAGGGCUAUGCCUCAACCGGCGCAGUACAAUCGAUACGAUCAGGAGCGCUUCAACAGGCAGAAGGAGGAGACUGAGGGCUUCAAGAUCGACACCAUGGGCACGUACCAUGGCAUGUCGCUGAAGAGUGUGACUGAGGGAUCGGCACAGGCCAAAAAGACGCAACAGAUUGCAGCAAUGCCUCCUGGACGUCCGAAGGAGCUCAUCCCAACAGCUCAGGCGCGUCUGUUGCCCCAGAAUGCCAGCAAACGCGUCUCCCGCACGCCAAUUAUCAUCAUCCCAGCAGCCACCACCAGCCUCAUCACCAUGUACAAUGCCAAGGAGAUCCUACAGGACCUCAGGUAUGUGUCACAGGAAGAGAAGAAGGCAAGUGGGGGCCAGCGGGAGAAUGAGACGCUGCUGCAGAGGCGCAAGGACGGUAAUACGACUGUUCCAUAUCGCGUCAUCGAUAAUCCGUCAAAGUUGACGCCGCAGGAUUGGACCCGCGUCGUAGCGGUGUUUGUAAUGGGGCCAGCGUGGCAAUUCAAGGGAUGGCCCUGGGAUGGGAAUCCCGUGGAGAUCUUCUCGAAAGUUUGUGCUUUCCAUUUGCGUUUCGAUGAGAUGAAACUGGAUGCCAAUGUGGCUCGUUGGGCUGUUACGGUGCUCAAUCUGUCGCGCACCAAGAGGCAUCUCGACAGGGCAGUGCUCAUGACUUUCUGGGAGACACUGGACAAGCACAUGAUAAAGAACAAACCAGAACUUCGCUUCUAAAGUUUUGCUUGGCAGUAUCGGGCCGCUCUGCAUAAAGGAGUUUAGUGAGGCCUCAGGAUCGGGCAUCACAUUCAAGUUCUGCUUAGUUUUUUUUUAGUCCACAAAAAAAGUAUCAUGUAAAACUUCAGUGUCGACGAAAAUGCAAAAAAAAGUAAAUAAAAUGCAAGUAAAAGACA